CCCAACGUUAAACCCACCAUGAAAAAGAGACGAAAAUGAUCCAAAGCGCCACACCGAACAAAAUAAACAGUUCCUCCUUCAGAAUUCUGCAGAUUUGAAGGUCAAUUUUCUGUUCUUUUUUAGUACAAAAACUCAAAAUGUGUUAUGUGGGGAAAGCAACAAAGAUCUUCAUUUUCAUAGUCACUGUCCUGGUUGUUCUAGGUCUUGUCUUGGGAUUCGGGCUCCUCCGCCACGGCCUUCAAAAAACCCACAAAUGCUCCGGCGAUUCCUGUUUUUCCCCUUCUUCUCCUUCUUCCCCCAUUGUCUUCCCCAACCCAACCUCCUCUUCUUCCCCGCCGGGCACCAACCCUCCAUCCUUUGGGUCAACCCAGCCCAGCCCACCUACUUCGAUUCCCAGCCCGAACCCACCCAUCUCAAACCCUCCCCCUUCAUCCAUCCCACCACCAACUCUUCCUAGUCCUACUGAAAACCCCAACCCACCCCCACCCAUUACAAACCCUAACCCUCCACCGCAAUUUUCGCCGCCUCCUCCGCCUCCAUCCACUGCAACAUUGGCUCCGCCGCCGCUCAAUCCACCGAAUCCAGCGCUUGUGACUCCAGGUCCUGUCAAUUCUUAGCUGGUUAGUUGUUAAUUCUGAGUUAUUAAAUGCCAUUUUUUUACUAGCUGCUGUAUUUUCUUGCUUUAGAUUUAAUUCUUUUCCUGGACGACAUUGUAUAGUAGAGAUCAGCUCUUUCUUUCUUUCUUUCUUUCUUCUUUUUAUUUUUUUUUUUUAAAUUAGCUUUUAUAUUAAUGACAUCUGAUUUGCAUUUUUGUA